GGAGGAGUCUAUCCCCUCCAAAACGGACGUCACGGACUGAAGUUCUGAAAAAAGUUUAACCUGUUCACUUCAUUUCAGCGAACUGUCGCUUUUAGCUCUAUUGAUAUAAACUCAUAGGCUGUACCGCUAUUAUCUGCCCCACCCAUGCUUAAAACCUCAAUGGCAUGAAACGGCCACCACCUCACCGCGCCCACAGGACUUUAUACACACAGUGUGCUGAUAUUCAUCCACAGGAGAUCACAUAGACACACAUCAGGAUGUAUCGACGCGCUCACAUUUGCGCUAGCCUCAUUGUUUUGGUGCUGUUUCAGUUCAGUGAGUCGUGUGAGCUGGGGCCUGUUCAUGCCUUUGUGCCUAAGAGACUGCCUGCCGGUUAUGUUAUCUCAAAAGGAACAGAUGAAUUAAAUUUAAAAGGCUGUGAAGGGGUCAGACCAGUGGCCUUCACUUCAAGCGAUCCAGACUUCGUUGUAAAUACAGAUGGAACCAUCAUCACAGUUCGUGAUAUGGUGAUCACCACAAAAUGGUUUUAUGUACUGGUGCAAUAUGACAGUGGUCUGCAAUCGAUUUUGGAUGUUACCCUGACAUGUAGAGAUGAGGACUCCCAGAAGUCCGUGGCGGUUAAGAGGCGUUUCAAGAGAAGAUGGAGACCUUUGCCUUUCUCUGUUCGUGAAAAUGACACUCCUCCAUUCCCUAAGGAUGUGGAAAUGAUUGCAUCCGACUCUUCUUUAAAUUACAACGUGUAUUAUGUGAUCAGCGGGCCGGGUGUUACGACAGAACCUGUUGGUCUGUUCCUGCUGGACAAGACAACCGGCAUGAUCCGUGUGACCAGGGCCGUUGACCGUGAACAGCACUCACAAUAUACUUUUAAGGCUCAGGUGUUUGACAAAAGUACUAAUAAAGAAACUGAUGAAUAUCUGCCCGUUAUUGUGAAUGUGGAGGAUGAGAAUGACAACGCCCCUGAGUUUUCCGGAAAUCGUGCUUUCACCGCGCAAGAACACUGCUCUGCAGGUACUUUUAUAGGGAUUAUAAAUGCCACAGAUAAAGAUCAAGCUGGAACCCUACACACCAAGAUCAAGUUUAGUCUAUUAAAUGCUACCGACUUGUUCGCCAUCAAUGGUGAGACAGGAGCAUUAAGUGCUAAAUCCAACACCUUAGAUAGAGAGGCUCAGGAGAAAGUCUAUGUUGGCAUUGAGAUAAGAGAUAUGAACGGCGCUUUAAAUGGGCUCUUCAACAGUGGGACUGCUGUGGUUACACUCACAGAUAUUAAUGAUAACCCACCCACUUUUAAAGAGAAGUUGUAUAAGGGUACGGUGAUGGAGAACCAACAAAAUGUGCAAGUUCUCAGAAUCUCAGUGGAGGACAAGGACCUAAUAAACACCCCUAACUGGAGGGCCCUGUAUGAGGUCACCAAAGGAAACGAGAGUGGCAACUUCAGGAUGGAGACAGACCCUAAAACCAACGAUGGGCUUCUCUAUGUUAUAAAGCCACUGGAUUAUGAACAAACUCCUUUGGUGAAGUUGCAAGUAACUGUCCGUAAUGAAGCUCCAUUGGUUGGGACUGCAGCCAGGUGGAACUCUGUGCCGGUGGAGCUCUCUGUGGGAAAUGAAGAUGAGGGUCCGGAGUUCAAUCCUUCCAUUCUACGUCUCAAAGUCAAGGAGAACCUUCCAAAUGGAACCGUCAUUGGAACUUACACGGCUCUGGACCCAGAGACCAAAAGCAGCAAGGGAAUCAAGUAUUCUAAGAUCACUGACCCAGGAAGCUGGAUUACUGUGGUGGAGAACACUGGAGAACUGAAAGUGGCCAAUACUAUUGACCGUGAAUCACCAUUGGUCUUCAAAGACCUCUACAACAUAACCCUGAGAGCAGUGGAUGAAAGUAAGAAGACAGGAACGGGAACGGUUAUAAUGCAGAUCGAAGAUGUGAAUGAUAACAUGCCUCUUAUUCCAACAUCCGAGAUGGUCUUGUGUAGUCAAGCUGAUAAGAUGGGCUCGGUCCUGGUCGAAGCUGAAGACAAAGACCAGUCACCUUACUCAACUCCUUUCAUUUUUGAACUCGGAGCAGAGAAUGAUGGCAAAUGGAAACUAAGGGAUACGACAAGUUCCUCUGUGGUGCUGGAACCGACUGAAUUCUUGCCCAACGGCCUGUACAGUGUACCGCUGUUGGUGAAGGAUCUGCAGGGAGUUGGGAAAGAGCAGACUGUGAAUGUGCGAGUUUGUUCCUGCGAGAGGCAGGAACAUGGUUUGGGAAUAUGUGGGGCUAGGAGCGCUUCUGCCUCUCUGGGAAGCUGGGGCAUCCUCGCAUUAGUUCUCUCUGGCUUGCUGCUGCUAUUGUUAUGUUUGUUGCUAAUCUUCAUAUGCAGCACUAAGAAAGAUAAAAUUUAUAUAAACGAUGACGUUGAUGGAACUGGUGGAAUGCUGCUUAAAUCCAACACUGAGGCUCCUGGUGAAGAAGUGAAAGAUGGAGCUUUGAUGAAGCUGCACAGUGCAGAUAUUAUGGACGGGUCAGUUAAUAACAUGGCUGUGGACAUUAAGAAUGUGGGUCUGUCUGGGAGUCGCUAUGGUCAGCAAUCUUUCCACGGUGGAGGCAUCUACAACAGCACCACACAGGAGUUUGGGACAGAGAAUAUCCGCUCAUCUGGCAUUUUCGAUACCAAUCUCUACGGCUCCAGCACCAUGAUAAGGAAGCAAGGAAGCAUGAACACUUUUAGACAUGGAACAUUGAAUGCGUGGAAAAUGAAUAAGCAGCUAUUGGACAAAAAACUGGCCUACCUUGGAGACGAAGAGGAGGGGCGGUAUGCAGAUGACCUGAUGAAGGUUUAUGGGAACGAGGGAGUGGGGUCUGCCGCAGGCUCUAUAGGAUGUUGUAGCAUGCUGGAACAGGAACAGGAUUCAUCAGACUUUUUAAACACUCUAGGACCAAAAUUCAGACCUCUGGCCGACAUCUGCACAAGGCCAACUCGUGGUGGGAAAUAAUAGAUUUGAUUGGCACAGAAGAGUACUUUAUUCCUUGGACCUUGAAACCACACUGCAAAAUAUAUAUUCACCAAUUUUAUUGUGUUAUUUUUAAGAAAUAUCCCAUUAUCCUUAUAACAAGAUUCAUUUACUUGAGAAGCAAAAAUCUUGAUUAAGGUAUAUCAAGAUAUAGAACCUUUAUAUUUUUGCGAUCCAAGUACAUUUAUCUGGUUAUAAGGAUGUUUAUUUUGUUUAGAUGCACGUCAGAUCUGUUGAUGAAGAAAAUGAGUUUUCAAAGGAGUGCAAGUUUUGCUGGAUUUAUUAAUGUGCGAGUGUUUCACCUUUUGUAUGAGUGUGUAAGUGUGUUACAACCAAACAAGCCUUUUAACUAUAUUUGCUAUACGUGGAUCUGCUUUGCACACCACACUUUAUCCUCACAGAGCAGAGAAGCGACAGGUUAAAUAUUAGUAUAAAGAAGAAAAGACGUUUGUAUUUUUCUGGUCAAUUGAAAUUCUCAGCUCUGUGAAGUAUUACCUAAGUCUAUAUUUACAAGAAAAUUAUGAAUGUGACACUUAAUAUUUUGGAUGUGUGGAGCAUUUCUCGUCUCAAAAAGCACUGACAUACACUAUUUAAAAUGAAGGUGCUAAAAAGGGAUUUUUGCAGUAAUCUCAUACCAUUUUUUGUUCCCCAAAGAAGCUUUCAGUCAAAGAUUCUUAAGCUGCGUGGACACCACCAGCGACUUUGUCACUGUGUGUCUCCCAUCUGUUUUGAUAAGAUCAAUAGGAGGCGUUACUGAGUAACGGAUAAUGUAUAGGCAGCCAGUUGUUAUCGCGGAAUUACUGUAAUCCCUGACAGUGUGAUCCAGACCCGGUGCGAACCCGAGUUUUUAUAUUAAAUUGAAGGGGCUUAUAUAUAACGGCUAUUUAUCUCAUAAGUCAGGUAACGAACAUUAAAUGUUGAUUUGAAAUAUUUAAUUAGCUAAUUUUAAACCAAUGCUGACCUUCCGCGAUGAACACUAUUUGGUUUAAUCAUUUGUAAAUAUAAUGUUAAAUACAGGCUAUUAAAAUACAUUCAUAUUUAAUUUUUGUGUAAUAUUAAACUGUACCUGUCAAAAUGAUUUGGAGCAUCCGGUUACCUGUGUUAUUAGUUUUGAGCGGUUGUUAUCUGGGAUUAACCAACCUGAGAAUGUUGCGGAUGGCCAAUUAGAAUUAAGCAUACCAACGAGCCGUGUAAUACUGUAAUUCUGGUCAGCCUACAAUUAUAAACCAAUGACUGACCAUCUGCAGUAACUGAAGAAAAACAGAUGACGUGAAAUCCUGUUGGUAGACGCUCCCAAAAGUCGUUCAUCAUUUGCACGAAGUUGAACUUUUCUCAAGUUGCUCAGCUUUUCGACAAAUUCCUGUUACCAAGGGUCACUGUCGCUCAUGUCGUCAAAAUGAUCCAUGUUUCCGUUAAAACGAAUGAGGUCAUGAUACUAGUCGUUGGCUGUGUGUACGCAGCUUUAGGACUAUUCCUACCUUUUACCCUACAGAUUCUUUAUGAAAGAUACAGCUCUUAAAUUAACAUUUGAGGAACCUUUGCUUUUUUGUAGUGUAAAGACUCACAAUUCAUCCUUAACCUGUGCGGUAUUACUGUAGUUUUGUUGUUUGACAACCUUAAAACUGCGUAGUUGUAAUUGUAUAGUGAUUUUAGUUAACAAAAACACUUUUUUGUAUGUAAAAUGUAAAACGCUGAUGCCUUAAAUCAGUGGUUCUCAAACCAUUUUUGGCAUGCACUCCCCCCUUUGUUUACAUGACUUUAAACGAUCAUGCAAUGUAUUGCUGUACUUAUAAAAUGUCAUAAAACUGUGUCCCCCCUGGCACAUCUCCUGCCUCCCAGUUUGAGAACCACUGCUUUAAAAAAAGAUAUAGGUGGAAGUAUAGAUGAAAUAACAACACUUAAAAGUGCAGAUUUUUUAUUUUCCAUUUUGUUUUAUUGUAAAGUUUUUAUUUCUUUUGUAUUUGCGGUAAACCGCAUCAAUAGUGUAACUAAUUCAUUUAGGGGAUGCUCUAAUGUCAGAUUUCUUAAGAGGAUAUGUUUUGUAAAUAUUUGAAUAAAAUUGUUGACAGACCCUGA